AUGUAUACCUCACAAAGAGACUGUGGGAAUAAAGUAAGCAUUCCAUACCCUUUUGAAAUCGGAAAUGGUUGCUACGUCGGAGAUUGGUUUGAGAUAGUCUGCAGAAAUGACUCCUAUGAUCUGGGAUUUCCAAAACCAUUUUUGAAGAGGUUCAACCUGGAGGUGCUGGAGAUUGACAUAGCUGUAGGCAAAAUUCGCGUCAACUAUGCCAUUUUUUCGAGCAGCAAAAAUCAUUCGGAGUUAGAGAAAAGUCCUUUCGUCUUCUCCGACAACAAAAACAGCUUUGUUGUCAUGGGUUGCAACAACUCUGCCUCAUUACGGUCCUUGCUCAAUGACUCGAAUUCAUUUGAGUACGAUGUAAACGAAUUAUGUGAAAAUAUGGAUGGGUCUUACAGAGCUUGUUUCGAGCCUCCUACCUCUCAGCAAAUGAGAGCCAUCGUUAUAGGUAUUACUACAAGCUUUGGCGUAUUAUUUUUGCUUUUUGGUGGAUGGUGGUCAUACAAACUUAUAAAGAAAAGGAAGAUGAUUAAACAAAAAGAGAAGUUCUUCAAACGAAAUGGUGGACUCUUGUUACAACUACAGCUAUCUUCAAGUGAUCAUGUCAAUGUUGAGAGCAACAAAUUGUUUAGUUCAAAGGAUUUGGAGGAGGCCACUGAUCGAUUUAAUGCAAAUAGAAUACUUGGCCGAGGUGGACAAGGUACUGUUUACAAAGGCAUGUUGUCGAACGAAAGAAUUGUAGCAGUAAAAAGAUCUGUGAUGAUUGAUGAAGAAAAACUGGAAGAAUUUGUUAAUGAAGUGGUCAUUCUUUCACGAAUUAAUCAUAGGAAUGUGGUUAAAUUACUUGGCUGUUGUUUGGAGACAGAAAUUCCUCUGUUAGUUUAUGAAUUCGUUCCAAAUGGAACUCUUGCUCAUUAUCUUGAUGAUCAAAAUGAGUUUCUACUCACAUGGGGUAUGCGAUUACGAAUUGCUACAGAAGUUGCAGGAGCUCUCUUUUACUUGCACUCAGCAGCUUCCUCACCUAUUUAUCAUCGAGACAUCAAGACUACAAACAUACUCUUAGAUGAGAAGUAUAGAGCAAAAGUGACCGACUUUGGGACUUCAAGAUCUAUCGCUAUCGAUCAAACUCACCUGACCACACUAGUAUACGGUACUUUUGGAUACUUGGAUCUUGAGUAUUUCCAAUCAAGUCAGUUUAUAGAAAAAAGUGAUGUUUAUAGCUUUGGUGUUGUCCUAGCUGAGCUCUUAACAGGAGAAAAAGCGAUUUCUUCUAAACGGACACUAGAAACCAAAAGUCUAGCCACAUAUUUCCUUAAUUCAAUGGAAGAAAACAAUUUGUUUGAUAUUAUUGAUAAUCGAGUUUUGAAAGAAGCUAAGAAGGAAGAGAUUAUUGCAGUCGCCAACCUUGUGAAAAGGUGCUUGAAUUUGAGUGGAAAGAAACGACCUACGAUGAAAAAGGUGGCAAAAGAGUUGGAGGGGGUACUGCAAAUGCCGCAAAACUUGGAAGAGGUACUUGUACUCAAGAAUGAAAUGUUCGAUCAGUAUAAUGUUGUUUCUACAUCAACAAUUGCAAGUAAGGACAGCAGCAUAGCCUCGUCUUUAGACACUGAGCCAUUAUUAUCGUCUUCAAUAUUAAGGCGAAUAAAAACUUCUUAG